UUCGCUUGCGGCACUGACGGAGCCCGGUCAUCACAACGGCGUCGUCGCGCUCUCGAGAGACACACGCUGCGAAUGUUUCCAUGUUUCCACGUUAAUAGUUAAUCUUGGUGUGUGUUUGUGUGUGUAUCCAAGUGUGUGUUUAGUGCUCUAGUGUCAAACUAUAUUCAAAAUAAAUACAUAUAUCCGAAAAGUAUACAACUGAUUGUUCAAGCGGACUUCACAAAACGUUUUGCGGGCGCAGAAAGACCGUCGGCAAGUGCUCAACACAACAGUUCCUUACAAAACCAGUGAAAAAGAUUCAAAAUCUGAAAACUAUAUAACCAGCAGAGAUCACAGCAACAUCUCGACUUGACUAUAUUAAAACUCCAGUAAAUUUAAACUAGCGCAAGUUGCAGAAGUAAAUUGCCCGCGAUUCCCGCUGCCCGCUUCUCUUGGAUUAUGGGCAUAUCGGAGGAGGUCAAGCUGGAGGAACUACCGCAAGAAGCCAAGCUAGCACACCCACAUCCGGAUGCCGUGACCGACAGUCGCAACGUGGCUUCAGCGGCAUCAGCAACGGCAACAGCUUCUGGUGCAGUCCCAAGCGGCGCCAGCGGCGGCACCAACAGUCCCAUCUCGGAUGCGAACAGCGACUGUGAGGCGGAUGAGUAUGCGCCAAAGCGUAAACAGCGAAGAUAUCGCACCACAUUCACCAGCUUUCAGCUGGAGGAGCUGGAGAAGGCCUUCUCUCGCACCCAUUACCCCGACGUGUUUACGAGAGAGGAGCUGGCGAUGAAAAUUGGCUUAACCGAGGCGCGGAUUCAGGUCUGGUUUCAGAAUCGACGCGCCAAGUGGCGCAAGCAGGAAAAGGUUGGACCCCAGUCACAUCCAUAUAAUCCGUAUUUGCCCAGCGGCGCCGCCAGCAUGCAAACAGUGGUGGGUGCCGCCCUGCCCCCCAAUCCCUUCACCCACCUGGGCUUCCAGCUGCGCAAACCCUUCGAUACGCCCGCCAAUCUGGCCGCCUUUCGCUAUCCCCACUUGUCCGCUGCGCCCAUGAUACCAUCGGGCUACUUCAAUCAGUUCCAGCGUGCUCCGCCGCACAUGCUGCCACCGGGCAUGGCCUCGAUGUACUCGCCCUCCAGCUCCUUCCAGUCGCUGUUGGCCAACAUGACCGCCGUGCCUCAUCCCCGGCCCCCGCCCAUGCCCGCCAUGGCCGCCAAACCGCCGAUGCUGGUCGGCUCUCCGGAUCUGCACUCGCCCAACAAUCAUCUACUGGCCUCACCGCCCCAUUCGCCCGGCUCCCAUCUAACGCAGGCGCCUCCGCCGCCGCCGCCUUCGCAGCUGUCGCCGCAGCAGCUGGUGGGCAUCUCGCUCACCCAUCAGGCGCCGCCGCCGCCCGUUUCACCCACGGCACAGACGCAGCCGGUGGCGUUGACUCUGUCGCAUUCGCCUCAGCGGCAUGCGGCACGCGCUGCCACGCCCCCAGAGGAUCGACGCACAUCCUCGAUUGCAGCGCUGCGUUUGAAGGCGCGCGAACACGAGCUGAAGCUGGAGCUGCUGCGUCAGAAUGGUCACAGCGGCGACGUCGUCAGCUAGCCAAGCACUUGCUCCCGUAGUCGUAAGCUUCUGCUCCUCCAGCUGCUCCCUCUUCUUCUUCUUUCCUCUUAAGUUAUUCAAAGCGGACCUUGCAUUUUGUAUGUAUGUAACUGAAUCACGGAAUUUCCAAAUCAAUAAAUACAGAAAAACAACAACAACCCAAGCACAGACGUCCAAC